UCUCUUUAAUUUUAUACAAUCUUUGGGCUUCGUUUUUAAUCUCUUAUUCUCUUUCGAUUCUCUGUUGCAUUUCCACAAAUAUCUCCGUGCUUCCCCUUUUCGUUGUUUUUUCCCUUUUCUCUUUACAACUGCAUUUUUUAAAGAUCAGAUCUUUUCUGGGUUUCACCUCAUCAAUCAGAUUUAAGCACAUUUUGAUCUUGUUUCGAAUCCCUGCUGUUAUCGAUAUCGAGAAAAGUUCAAUUUUUGUCAUAAAUUCGGUGUAGCUUUGGAGAUGAGAAGUUUUCAAGUAAGCUGCGAUUGAUGGACUGUUUAUCGCCGAGAAGCAGUGAUAAGAAGACAUUGAAGAGGUGGUUUUUCAUAGAUAAAAGGGUUGGCUAAAUAAGUGUACUUCGAAAAAAAAGGUGAUUUGAAGCUAAUGGAUUCUAAGUCUAAUCAUUCAUCUCCUGUUCUUACCGAUCCGAUUCCGAUAAACAAGUCAAGGUUAGGCAUUCAUUCAAAUCUGCUUUCGUAUCCACAAUCUGGUGGAUCUUUGUCCCCUGGUAAGUAUAAGAUGACUCCUAGGAAGAAACCUGCAAAACUCGAUGAUGUUCGGUCUAAUGGUUGGUUGGAUGCUAUGAAAUCUUCGUCUCCCCCUCGUAAGAAGUUGAUCAAGGGGUUCAAUAUUGAGGUUCCCGCUGAUGAUAUCGAUAUUGCUUAUCAUUCCUGGAUGAUUAAAUAUCCAUCUGCACUUAAAUCUUUUGAGCAAAUCUCGAAACAUGCCAAGAACAAGAAGAUAGCUGUUUUCCUAGAUUAUGAUGGUACUCUUUCUCCUAUCGUAGAUGAUCCAGAUCGAGCUUUUAUGUCUGAUGCUAUGCGUUCUGCUGUGAGAAACGUCGCGAAGUAUUUUCCGACAGCUAUUAUUAGUGGCAGAAGUCGUGAUAAGGUUUAUGAAUUGGUAGGACUAACUGAACUUUUUUAUGCUGGUAGUCAUGGGAUGGACAUUAUGGGCCCUGUGAAACAUACAGAGUCUGAUGAUGGCCAUCCAAACUGUGUUAGAUCAAUUGACCAAGAGGGCAAGGAGGUAAACCUUUUCCAGCCUGCUAGAGAAUUCAUACCUAUGAUUGACGAGGUUUUUAGAACCCUUGUCGAGAACACUAAAGAUAUUAAGGGUGCAAAGGUUGAGAAUCACAAGUUUUGCACCUCAGUACAUUACCGUAACGUAGAAGAAAAGAACUGGCCUAUUAUUGCGCAAUGCGUUCAUGAUAUUCUGAAAGACUAUCCUCGUUUGCGAUUAACGCAUGGACGGAAGGUUUUAGAGGUCCGUCCUGUGAUUGACUGGAAUAAAGGGAAGGCGGUUGAAUUUCUGCUUGAAUCUCUUGGGCUAAGUGAUAGAGAUGAUGUGCUCCCAAUCUAUAUUGGAGAUGACAAAACUGAUGAGGAUGCGUUUAAGGUCUUAAAGGAAGGAAAUAUGGGUUAUGGAAUCUUGGUAUCUUCAGUGCCUAAAGAAAGCAAUGCAAUUUUCUCUGUCAGGGACCCAUCAGAGGUGAAGAAAUUUCUGAAGGCACUGGUGAGAUGGAAGAGGCUUGAAGAAGCUUGAAGGAAAAGCAAGGACUUGGGAGCAAAAAAAAGGCAGAAUAAAAUUUUCAUUGAAGAGGAUAAUUUAGUUUUUAUUUUUAUAUUUUGCAAAUAAUGUAAUUUUCCAUUUCAAUUUUUAUCAAUGAUUAUCCCCCAAUGAAACCAGUCAUUUUUGUUA